AUGAGGAAAGGAACAAGUGGGUGCAGAACAUUGCCCAGAUCUGUGGCUUCACAAAGGUUCGAGAACAAACACGAGUCUUUCUCCGACGGGGUGAGACGAGGCCCUCAGAGCCUUGGCAAGCUGUGCUUUUCUGGGCGGCAGAGAAGUGAUGGGCAGAAGACACCUGACACCACCGCGGUUCCUCAGCCCCUGCUUCUCACCUCCCCAUGCUUUCCUGCACCCUCAGCCCUACCCUUCCGCUUCUGGACAAAAAGAUGGCUUGAUUCUGCGUGGGUUGAUCCUGUCCAUAUGAAAAAUGUCUCCUUUGAACAUGUAAAAGGAGUGGAAGAAGCUAAAUAAAAAUUACAAGAAGUUGUUGAAUUCUUGAAAAAUCCACUAAAGUUUGCUGUGCUUGGAGGCAAACUUCCAAAAGGAAUUCUUUUAGUUGGACCACCAGGGACCGGAAAGACACUUCUUUCCCAAGCUGUGGCAGGAGAAGCUGAUGUUCCUUUUUAUUACGUUUCUGGAUCAGAAUAUGAGAUGUUCCUGGGUUUGGGAGCCUGCUGUAUCAGAAAUCUUUUUAGGGAAGCGAAAGCAAAUGCUCCUUGUAUUAUUGAUGAAUUAGAUUCUGUUGGUGGGAAGAGAAUUGAAUCUCCAAUGAAUCCAUAUUCAAGGCAGACUGUAAAUCAACUUCUUGCUGAAAUGGAUCAUUUAAAAUGCACUGAAGGAGUUAUCAUCAUAGGAGCCACAAACUUCCCAGAGGCAUUAGAUAAUGCUUUCAUUCAUCCUGGUCGUUUUGACAUGCAAGUUACAGUUCUAAGGCCAGAUGUAAGAGGUCGGACAGAAAUUUUGAAAUGGUAUCUCAAUAAAAUAAAGUUUGAUCAGUCUGUUGAUCCAGAAAUCAUAGCUCAACAUACUGAUGGCUUUUCUGGAGCAGAGCUGGAGAAUCUUGUGAACCAAGCUGUACUAAAGGCAACUACUGAUGGAAAAGAAAUGGUUUCCAUGAAGGAACUGGAGUUUUCCAGAGACAAAAUUAUAAUGGGGCCUGAAAGAAGAAGUGCGGAAAUUGAUAAUAAAACCAUCACAGCAUAUCAUGAAUCUGGUCAUGCUAUUAUUGCAUAUUAUACAAAAGGUGCAAUGCCUAUCAACAGAGUUACCAUUGUUCCACGAGGGUCAAUACUUGGAGAGGUCUCCCUGUUGCCUGAGAAUAACAAAUGGAAUGAGAGUAGAACCCAUCUACUUGCACAAAAGGAUGUUAGUAUGGGAGGAAGAGUAGCAGAGGAGCUUAUAUUUGGAAUUGACUAUAUUACAACAGAUGCUUCCAUUGAUUUUGAUUAUGCAACUAAAAUAGCGAAACGAAUAGUUACCAAAUUUGGAAUGAAUGAAAAGCUUGGAGUUGGGAUCUACAGUAAUACAGGGAAACUGAGUCCAGAAACUCAAUCUGCUAUUGAACAAAAAAUAAGAAUCCUUCACAGGGACUCAUAUGAACGAGCAAAACUUAUCCUGAAAACUCAUGCAAAGGAACAUAAGAAUCUGGCAGAAGCUUUAUUGACCUAUGAGACUUUGGAUGCCAAAGAGAUUCAGAUUGUUCUUGAGGGGAAGAAAUUGGAAAUGAGAUGAUAAUGCUCCCAACAUGGAUGCAUUGCCGGUUUUAUUGCAAGAAUAUAAGUUACAUUAUAGUAGUCUCUUUUGCAAUGCUUUCCAGACCUCAAUUCUUGGUGUAAUUCAAGGUUAUGUGACACUGUCAUUUUUUCACAUUUCUCUAAUUUUGGUUAUUUUCAUGAUACCUGUUGCAAAUUAGCAACCCACAGCAAAUAUAUUAAAAAGAAAUAAAGAACUAUCAGGAUUGAAAAUAGCUUGUUUGAGAAAUAUAAAUUGGUUAUCCAAGUUGAGAGUGAUUAAUGAUUUUAUGGUUGGUUACUCUGCUGAAUGUGAAUAAAAAUUGUGCCCUUAGCUCCUGGGCUGUAUUUUAAUUUGCAAGCUAAAAUUGUUGGAGGAUUAACUUUUUCUCUUGAUAUUACCGGUUUUUUUUUUUGGUAAUGAAAUUAUGCUUUUUUUUUUUGUAAAUGAUAUUUCUAUGUACAUCAAUGGAGAUGAAUUUUUAUUUAACCCAAUGGAAAAAUUAUUUUAGAGUAUAUUGUACUGGCUUUCCAAUCUGAUUAUAUUCCUGAAGUGACUUUAUCAAAAUUACCUGCAGUUUUCUUUUUUUUGGCCAGGGCUGCGUAUGAACCAGCCACCUCCAGCAUAUGGGACAAGUGUCCUACCCCUUUGAGCCACAGGCGCCGCCCCUGCAGUUUUCCAAUAAUUGAAGCUGUGUAUGGUCUUCAUUGAAGAAGAUGUAUAUAGUUAGAGGGAACUUAUUACAUGACAUUCCAACGUUUUUAGGUAAUCUUAAAUUUUGAAACAAUUUCAGACUUACAGAAAUGUUGCCAGAAUAAUACAAGG